GGCCUGGACCCCGCCAUGCCGCUGUUCGUGACGAGCAACCUCGACGAGAAACUGGACGCGUCGGACGCGCACUUCGUGGACGUCGUCCACACCAACGCGCUGGCGCAGGGCAAAGUGGAGCAGUGUGGCCACAUCGACUUCUACAUGAACGGCGGUAUCACCCAGCCCGGCUGCUACGGGGAGUCUGGUUGCAAUCACCACCGUUCGCUGGCGUACUUCGCGGAGUCCGUGAGGUCGGAGGCGGGCUUCUGGGGCUGGCCGUGUGGAGGCGUCAUGCACUACAUACUGGGACUGUGCCCGCCUCGCGGCACUCCAUGGAAGAUGGGCGAGGACGUGGAUCAGCGUAUUUCAAACAAUAGAAGAAUAGAAGAGAUGGAUGUCCAUUGGUUUCUAAUUCCAAAUAAUGUGUACACUACUUAAUUUUAGGAAUAUGAAGUAGAAGAUAUUGACAGGCAUACCAAAGAUAUGUAUACACUAAAUUACUGUUUUGAUAACCACCAUUGUAGAUAACAAUGGACAUAGAAUAAGAAUAUUUUAUGAUUACUAUAUUAUUGUGCCAUAUACAUGUAUAUUUCAAUUCCUAUUUGUACGAAAUGUCCACCCAAAUAGAAUUUUUCCGUGUGAA